GAGACGCCGAGCUUUGAAGAGGUUAGGUCGCGAUCAAUUUAAAAGAGAAUUGUAAAAAAGCAGAGAGAAUUACCGCUGACGUUUGGGAUAAUCCGAUAGAAGAUGUAUUUAGGCGCAAACGUACGCAUUAACAAGAUCGGAAUUGUGGUGAUAAUUGCGUGUCUUGUUAUUCUUUAUUUGUACGCCAGCAGGAGAGAGUCGGCUCUUAAUGUUGACAAUCGCAAUGUAAUAUCAAUGAAAGCUCUUCUCGCCGGAGCGAUUCGCGCUGCGGAAUUCGGAGGACUGGAAGUGAUAACCGUGCACGAUCAGGCGCAUAUCACAAUUAAGAGUAAAGGAAAAACUAAAGAGGGUGUAAACGAUCCGGUUACAACAGCAGAUUACAGAUCACAUUGCACAAUGUAUCGGUCUUUGAUAGAAGCAUUUCCAAAGAUAAUUGUGAUAUCAGAGGAGAAGUCUGUGGGUUGCGAUCAUGUACCCAUGCCAGAUUCCAAGUUUUCAAUAAAGGAUUUAGAGAUGGAUCAUUUAGGUAAAGAUGUUGCUGUGAGCGCUAGUGAUGUAACUGUCUGGAUUGACCCAUUGGAUGCUACGAAAGAAUUUACAGAGGACCUAUUACAAUACGUUACAACAAUGGUUUGCGUCACUGUUAAGGGAGAACCUGUGAUAGGUGUAAUUCAUAAACCAUUUGACUCAAAGAGAACAUACUGGUCAUGGAUUGAUCAUGGAUCAUCGGAAAAUUUAAAUAAUCUUCCAGGGCCACAGAAGAACAAAACUCCAUUAUUGACUGUGUCUCGGUCUCAUGCUGGUCAAGUUCAUACAAUUGCCAAAGCUGCAUUCGGAGAAGAUGUUCAAGUGAUCUCAGCUGCUGGGGCUGGGUACAAGGCUUUAGAGCUCGUUGUAGGAAAUGCCACAGCCUAUAUUCACACAACAGCAAUUAAGAAGUGGGACAUUUGUGCUGGAACAGCUAUAAUCAGAGCUCUUGGUGGAACGGUAACACCUUUAUUUGGGCCACCUGAUAUAUCUUUUGGCCCAACAGAUUCCACAUCAUUAAGUCUUGGUUUGCUAGCUACAAUGAAAGAUCAUAAUUGGUACCAUGGUAAAUUGAGCUCGCACGUGUAAUGACAUGUUUUAAGUAAUGUGUACAUAAAUAAGCUUAUAUUUGGAACUUGCUAUUAAAUCGCUAAUGUCCAAUAGUGAUUUAAUGUGUUCCAAGUACUAGCUACAAAAUCUAAGAUCGUUUGUACAGACAAAUCAGGUUGACGAGAAAAGAAGGAACUUCCAUGAUACUAUAACAUUGCGUUUAUCAAUAUGUAAAAUUCAAGUUUUAUACAACACACAAAUUUUGUACAAUAUUGACUCAAUGCCGUUUAAUUACAAAUAUUUAUUAAGUCAUGAGAAUAUUUAUUAGUGACAAUUGUAAAUAUUGAGAAUUGUUCAUAACUCUUUGUAGACAUUUUUAUACACGGAAUAAAGAACAAAAAUAUGUAAUAA